ACGCAGGGCUUUUUAGCUACAAAAUGCCACCCAAGAAAAGAAAGUCAUCCAAGGGCCGUAAGCCUACCAAGGCCCAGAAGGCCAAGCAGCAGCAGGAGGAGGAGGAGGAGAGGAGGCUGCGAGAGGAAGAGGAAGCCCAGCUGCAGGCAGAGAAAGACGAGCAGGAAAGAUUGGAAAGAGAGAAAAAGGAGAAGGAGACAAAAAGGCUCGAGUUAAAGGAUCGAGAGCGCAGAGAAGAUGAGCUGAACAAACUCCGCCAUCUACUGGAGGAGAAUCAUACUGCAGUAACCAAAUGGAAAGCUGAUGCUGUGGAGAAAGCCAUGUGGGAGAGGUACAUGCGUUGUGAUGGUGCACCAGACCCAGAAGUACAGCGGGAUGUUAACACAUAUAUCAGCUUAUGGAGAGACGACCCAGAGGUCAACAUCACGCUCGUGCUCAAGCAGUGUUACUCCGCUCUACAGCUGAUGGAGGAGCUGGAGGUGCUGCUCAGAGAUGCUACAGAUCCCCAAGAGGGCCAGAAGUACCAGGAGGGUCUCAUAGAUUUGCAGGAGCUAAUCCACUCAAAACACGACCUCGCCACUGAGGAGAUCCUCAAGAGUGCCAGUGAGAACGCCGACACCGAAACAGGCAACAUGCAGACCGUGGUCAAAGAUGACAACGUUACGCUGUGUCUGUGGGCCAACCUCAACAAGAAUCCAAGGUUUAAAGGUUUUAACUUUGAGGAGACAGGCCUGGGCUUUGAGCUUCCUAAACAGCUGGCUGUGAGCAGUAUCGCCGUACGGAUCCUCCACACACGUUAUGACCACCUGUCUUUGCUGGCCAUGAUGGCACGCCUGAAAAUACGCUCACCCAGCCACAGGUCGCUUGCAGGAGGUGAGGAGGUUCCAGCAGACGUAGACGAACCUGAGCAGGGGGAGACAAAAGCAGAGGGAGAGGUGAGGGACGAUGACAAGGUGCAGCAGCAGGAGCAGAGAGUGGACGAGGAGGUGCAGUCAACGCAUGGUUCUGAAGGGAUGAAGAGUGCAGCCAGUCAGCAGUCGACGAGAACCAGUGCCCAGCCUGCAGGAGGCCGAGGGAGCCAGAUACAGACACAGAUGGAGGCGCUCGGUGCUAGGGACUUGACUUCUCUAUCAGUGCAGCUGACAGCGAUGGACCGUGGUGAGAGUGUCCAGGUGGUGGACUUAAUGCAGCUCACACCUCUGGGCGGGGUCUUCUUCUAUGAUGUGUUUCACCUGCCACCACAAGCCUGCUACGUCAAUGGCUGGAAAAUUAGACAGGUGUUGAAAAAAGGGCUGCAGGUGUUCCCCUACCCUAUGGAGAAAGCUCACUUGGAGGACAAUGACGCUCUUACCUGCCCUCCUGUUGGUGUGUCUGUGAUGCUGCCUGACUCUGUUGUCUUCUUGGAAGCACCCCAAGUGGCUCGUUGGGAUGCUGCAGUGAAGCAGUGGAGGAUGGACGGCAUCACUGACGUGUCUUAUGAUGAGGCAGAGGCCAAAAUCUCCUUCAAGAUGGACUCCUUCCAGGCCUUUGUGCUGAUGCAGGAAACGUACGCCAACCUUCCCUUCCAGAGCUGGGAGCUUAGGCCACUGGGGCAGGACUCGGCUCUUUUCACCAUCAACGGGGCACUCAUUGACCUUAGUAUCACCAUCCAGGGUAAUCGGUGUAUGUUGCAUUCGGAGCAAGAGAAAGGUCUCUCUCACCUGUUGGGGAAGUGGAUGAGUGGCCCCGCCCUCCAGAGAGCCAUGCUCAACUCAGGGAUCAACAUCUUUGUGAAUGAGUACACGGAGAAAUACGUCAGCACCUGCGGCAAGGACCCACUUACAGAACAUGCUGCCUACGAACAGAUGGCCCUCUUUGCCUCUGCCUGCGCGUUCUCAUGGAGCAAGUGGAAUGCUAAAUGUGGAGCUGAGCAUCUAGUCAUACAGGCGUGUGAGCACCACGGCCCUGACCCGGUGCCUAAGGGCUCAUGGAGUCUCUACCUGCUGGGUGCUCAGAGGAGUCAGAAGCUGGAGAUGACAGAGAAGAGUGAAGCCUUCUCUCCAGAGCAUUACUCAGGAAGCGAGUUUCACUCCGCCUUCAUCCACAUGCUUGAGGACAACAUGAGCCCUGAUGGUAUAGUCAGGACCAGAGAAUGUAAUUACAUGUAUAUUGAUACAGUACAGAGCCUGCUCUGUGCCACCAGACCCCUCAUGUAUUCAUAACCUGUGUGAAAUUA